AUGACUUUUUCUAAGCAGGAAAUAAAACCGUAUUCUCAUGAGUUACAAUUGAACCAUAAGCGCUAUUUAGACGUAUUAAAGCAAGAUUUUUUAGAACAUUUUGCUAAUCCUGUGAAGCGAGAGAAGUCAGCGGAGGAUUUUGAUCUCAUGGCAACUUUAGGAACUGGCGCAUUUGGGACUGUUUUUCUAGUUCGUGAUAAAAUUUCACUCGAAUAUCUUGCCAUGAAGGCGUUAGAGAAGGUCCAAGUUAUAAAAAAGAAGAAUGUUAAACAACUUUUACUUGAAAAGAAAAUUUUAGAAAGUGUCACUUUUCCAUUUGUUCUUAAUUUGGAAUUUUGUUGCAAAGACAACGUGGAUCUCAAGCCUGAAAAUAUAUUUCUCACCGAAUCCGGAUACAUUAAAUUGGGUGACUUUGGUUUCUGUAAAAUAAUACGUAAUAGAACAUGGACAAUAUGCGGUACGCCUGAAUAUAUAGCCCCGGAAAUCAUUUUAUCAAAGGGUUACACAUUUUCCGUAGAUUGGUGGUCAUUAGGCAUCCUUAUAUUUGAAAUGAUUGCUGGAUACCCUCCAUUUUAUAGUUCUGAUACAAUGAAACUGUAUGAAAAAAUAUUGGCGGGUACUUUCAAAGCUCCUAAUUGUAUGACUCCAGCUUGUAAAUCGCUGGUAAAGAGUCUUUUAGACGUUGAUCCUAUAAAACGCUUUGGAUCUUUGAAAGCUGGUGUCUUUGACAUCAAGAAGCACAUGUGGUUUGAAGAUAUUGAUUGGCAUUCUAUUCUACACCAAAGAACGUAUCCACCAUAUAAACCAGUGAUAAAGAAUAUUGGUGAUACUAGUAAUUUUUAUGGCACCGAUAAUGCAAAGUUGAAAAAGUCCCCUGAGUGUCUUUUUGAAAAGGAAUUUGAGCAUUUCUAG